CUCUUCCCAAGCCAUGGCUAAACCUCAUUGCCUAUGUGACUAUUUCACCGUACUUCACAUUCUUCCCCAGCAUCAUUCAAUGCACAGUGUAGCUUUUCGUCCCGCGGCAUCAGGGCUCUUUUGUUACUGUGUCGCAAAUAACCUACAGUGCCUUCGAGUCGUUAGACGCGGUCUAGCGGCGGUCAAGCUACCCAUCCCAGAAGUUCGAAAUAUUCUCAUGGUGUCAUCGGCCAAAGGGGGUGUCGGUCUGUUCACCACGUGGAGCUUGACUCUUGUUUUCCAGGCAAGUCUACCGUCGCCGUGAAUCUUUCCCUAGCUUUGAAAAAUCGGCUACAUGAAGAACCGAUUGGUCUGUUGGAUUUGGAUGUUUUCGGUCCGUCUAUUCCACGGAUGAUGGGACUGGACGACUUGAAGCCGGAAAUAGAUUCCAAAAAGCGCAUCAUUCCGCUAACCAGCUAUGGCAUCAAGUGUAUGUCAAUGGGUUUCCUCGUGGACUCUGAUUCGGCUGUCGUUUGGCGUGGGCUAAUGGUUAUGUCUGCCGUCCAGCAACUCUUGAGACAGGUCAUUUGGGGUCCUUUGCAUACUCUGGUUAUCGACAUGCCGCCAGGAACCGGGGACGUUCAGCUAUCACUUUGUCAGAAUGUUCCCAUCCAGGGCGUUGUGAUUGUGACUACACCGCAGACUCUGGCCACAUCUGACACACGUCGCGGUAUACAGAUGCUGAAAACCCUAAACGUCCCUAUCUAUGGAAUCGUUGAAAACAUGACAGAAUUCAUCUGCCCUGCCUGUGGUCAUCACAGCCCACUAUUUGGACAUCAGAAGGACGGGCCUGAGAGUACGGUGUCAGGUGGCGACCGACUGGCCGAGGCAACCGGAUUACCCGUCCUGGCACGUUUUCCAAUUGACCCGGAGCUCAUACAAUCAGCGGACGCUGGAAAGCCAUUAAUGUUUACUGCGCCGCAAUCAAAGGUAGGGUGCUUAUACGAUCAACUUGCUGAACACAUAAUUAAAUGUCAAAACCAGACCGUUCACACAACAUUAUCUAGUAAAAAUACAUCCUAAGAGCUCACAGUCCAUUGUUCAUUUAGACGUUGGAAGUGGGGGACAAAACUUAAUACUGAAUGCACAACCCAGUUAAGGUUAGUUGAGGGAAGGGACUUUAUUUCCUCUCCAUCUGAUACGAAUCGUGGGCCAUUUGGUUCGAAGACAACGAUGGAUUGGGUUCUGAUCAACGGGAUCCGUUUCGAUGAGUUCCUCCGUCGGGUCCAGUAAGUGGGCUUCGCCAAAUUCAUAGCGAACC